UGCACAGAUGAGAGUCAACAGGAUACUCAGCCGCCGACUGUGGAUAGGGGUUUAAAAAUGGGAAACUCGGACUCUAAAUUACGUUUUAGGAAAGCAGUGAUACAACUCACCACAAAAACACAGCCAGUGGAGGCCACGGAUGAUGCCUUCUGGGACCAGUUCUGGGCCGACACCACCACCAACAUCCAGGAUGUCUUUGCUCUGGUACCAGCAGCAGAAAUCCGUGCCGUGCGAGAGGAAUCCCCCUCCAACCUGGCAACCCUGUGCUAUAAGGCGGUGGAGAGGCUGGUGCAGGGAGCGGCGUCGGGCUGCCCAUCGGAGAAGGAGCGUCAGGUGGUGUUGAACUGUGCCCGCCUCCUCACCAGAGUCCUGCCCUACAUCUUCGAGGACGCAGACUGGAGAGGCUUCUUCUGGUCCACUCUGCCGGGCGCUGGACGGGCCGGGGAUGAAGAGUGUGAUGAUGAAGGUUCGAGACCGCUAGCGGAGUCCCUUCUGAUGGCUAUAGCUGACCUGCUAUUCUGCCCAGACUUCACCGUACAAAGCCACAAGAAGCCAGGAGUGGAUGGCCCAGAGGACAUGCAGGCCCUGGACAGCUGUGAGUACAUCUGGGAGGCGGGAGUGGGGUUUGCCCAUUCCCCCACUCCCAGCUACGUCCAUGACCUCAACAGGAUGGAGCUGUUGAAGCUGCUGAUGACGUGUUUCUCUGAGGCCAUGUACCUGAGCCCCACUACAGACAACAACACACUCAACCCCUGGGUGGCAUUCUUCUGCUCGCAGGACAACAGACAUGCCCUGCCUCUCUUCACCUCUCUCCUCAACGUGGUGUGUGCGUACGACCCCGUGGGGUUCGGCAUCCCCUACAACCACCUGCUGUUCUCAGAUCAGCGCGAGCAGCUGGUGGAGCAGGCGCUGCAGGUGUUGAUCGUAUCUCUGGAGCACGAUCUGGCUGCUGCUGCCGCCUCCUCCCUCACUACUGCUACUGCUACUGCUGCUACUGUGGUCCAGCAGGUCACGGACCCCACGGCGCCAUCUGCUGACCUGGAGGGAGACCAGGAGACAGUGGGCCCUGACAACCUGUUUGUGAAUUACUUGUCAAGGAUUCACAGGGAGGAGGAUUUCCACUUUAUCUUGAAAGGGUUGGCACGGUUGCUGUCCAACCCUCUCCUCCAGACCUACCUGCCCAACUCCGCUAAGAAGAUCCAGUUCCACCAGGAGCUGCUCGUCCUUUUCUGGAAGCUCUGCGACUUCAACAAGAAAUUCCUGUUCUUUGUGCUGAAGAGCAGUGAUGUGCUGGACAUUCUGGUGCCCAUCCUAUUCUACCUCAACGACUCCCGGCAGGACCAGUCCCGUGUGGGAUUGAUCCAUAUCGGUGUGUUCAUCCUGCUCCUGCUGAGCGGCGAGAGGAACUUCGGCGUGCGGCUGAACAAGCCCUACUCCCUACGCGUCCCCAUGGACAUCCCCGUCUUCACCGGCACACACGCAGACCUGCUGGUGGUGGUGUUUCAUAAGAUCAUUACUAGUGGACACCAACGGCUGCAGCCCCUGUUCGACUGCCUCCUCACCAUCGUUGUCAAUGUGUCCCCAUACUUGAAGAGCCUGUCCAUGGUGGCUGCCAAUAAGCUGCUGCACCUCCUUGAAGCCUUCUCCUCCAGCUGGUUUCUCUACUCCUCCGCACAGAACCACCUCCUCGUCUUCUUCCUCCUUGAGGUCUUCAACAACAUCAUACAGUACCAGUUUGAUGGCAACUGUAAUCUGGUCUACACCAUCAUCCGUAAGCGCAGUGUGUUCCACCAGCUUGCCAAUCUGCCGUCGGACGCGGCGUCCAUCCAGAGGGCUCUGCAGCGCCGCAAGAGGAGCCCCACUGCCCCCUCCCACUCCCACUCCCCCUCCCCCACCAACGCCAUCUCCAUCUCCCGUGCCAGUUCCAUGGAAACCGUAUCCAUGGAGGGCUCUCGGCCCGCCAUCCCAGCGGAACCCGGAACUCUCAAGGCUAGCCUCGCCGCCACUCCAGGCAUUGAGAAGCUGACGGAAAGGUCACGGGUUUCCGAGGACGGUUCCAUGGUGUCACUGCAGGAGAGACACUCGUCACAGCCGGAGGCGGACAACAGACACACGUCACAGCCUGAGGCAGACAAGAGCCUCAACAGCAGUGCCACCAACGCGGCCAGUGACACAGAGUCCAACUCGGGCAGGGACACUGAGGAUGUGUUCUACAGCAAAAAGCAAACGUCCAGGAGUCGCUUGUCCAGCACGUCGUCAUCAGUCUACUGGGCUCCUACAUCUGAUUGGGUCCUCUCCUGGAAGAGUAAGCUGCCUCUUCAGACCAUCAUGAGGCUGCUGCAGGUGCUUGUGCCACAGGUGGAGAAGAUCUGCAUCGACAAGGGCCUGACGGAUGAGUCGGAGAUCCUCAAGUUCCUGCAGCAUGGCACGCUGGUCGGUCUGCUGCCCGUGCCGCACCCCAUCCUCAUCCGGAAGUACCAAGCCAACACAGGCACCGCCAUGUGGUUCCGCACCUACCUGUGGGGUGUGGUCUACCUACGUAACGUGGAUCCUCCAAUCUGGUACGACACCGACGUGAAGCUCUUUGAGAUCCAGAGAAUCUAGUUGGUGAAGUGUGUGAAGGAGAGAGAGGGGAAACAGAGGAGCCAAAUCAUAUGGACCACUUCCUGGUUUGAAACUCUUGACCAAUGGCCUUCAUCCCAAGUGCUUGAGCUGCCCAGUGACUGUCCAGGAAGAACAGGAAGGAGGAGCUGCCCACCUGUCUCCAUGGCAACAGGGCCCAGGAGGCCAUCUUGUUUUACAACAAGCAUUAUUUGACCACCAUGAACUCCACAACCAUGACUUUUGCCCUGGAGGCGUGACUAAAAUAAACAAAUUAAUAAACUCUGGAGACACCAAUGCACCUCCAAUGAUGACAA